ACGCGCGCGAUACUGCAUGCAGCUCCACGCGUCGCGAAUUGCGGGCAACUUGGCUGUGACGGAUGCUGUGCUGGGCGAGGCUGUCUGCAUCGUGACCAAGGCAGCAAACGUGAUGAACGGGAUCAAGAACAACAGCGGCCUCCUCGAGCGCAUGGACGCCAAGCUGGACGCGCUCGCGGCCGAUGUGGGAGGCAUUAAGUCGGAGGUGGGCGGCAUCAAGGCACAGGUGGAGGCCGUCAAGGAGGAUGUGGGGGGCGUCAAGGCCAAGCUGGGGGUGGUCGAGGCCAAGGUGGAGCACAUCGACGCGAAGCUUGAGGACAUGAGGCGCGUGUUUGUCGGGAUCAAAGCCGGCCAGGACAGCGCUCCACGCCCGAGCUAAGCCGGCAUUGGGCGGGCACGUGCAUGCUGCAACUGCUCAGAGCAGAGACGGGCGCAACCGUUUUGGACCUCAUCCCCACCGACCAGAGCACCGCCGCUGGAGGGCUUCUAUGCAUGGGGUUGACUUCGGACGGAGGCGAUUGUGUGAUUGCGAGGCAGGCGAGCUCGGUGCUUUGUUAUUGGCUCCUGCUGAGGUGCGGCUGGCGGGCUACUGCCUGUCGUACAAACGUGUGUGUGGAGGCUGUUGGGGGGGCAGUGGGAGCGGCGGAGCGAAUGGUGCCUCGGCCCUGGCACUGGCACUGGCAGGCUGGCACUAGGCAUACCUACCGUACAUUGCACAUACCGUACGUUACGCACGCCUGGGGAGUAGACGAGUAGUGACGGCGAUAGUGUGGCCCCUGGCAGAGCCGCAGAGGCUGCAGAUGGGCAUAGGAGCCCUCCUUGGGCGUGUCGUCGUCACGGCACAAGACACGGCACAAGAUAGAGUGGUGACAAUUUAUUUCUU